AUGAACGAGGUCUUGAAGCCAACGGUUGAGGAUUUUAUGGACCCCAUAAGUACCACUCAGUCGUCUGAGACGGAUACAUUUUUUAUUCCUACUACUCGCCCUCCACCUAGAGCUCACGAGAUCGAUCGGUGGCAACACCACCUUGUAUUCCAGAAAUUCGGGGAAGCUCUACAAUGUGCAGCGGCUCUUCUAUUCCAAACAUGGCCACCUCCUGACGAAGAUCCGAAGCUCCCCGUAUCAGGAGAAAUCAAAAACCUUGAAAGAGUGUUUAAGGAUGUCUAUUACUUUCAAACGGAAGUUUGGAAUAUUCCAGAUCGGGAUUGUCAUGUCGUGGUUAACCAAAAGAUACUUGACUUCAAAAGUGUUGGAGGGAAUUGCAAGAUGGUCUUAAGAAUGUUUACUACGCCGACCAUGCAAAACCGGACAACUAACAGACUGCUAUCUUGGACAAAAAACGCCGGCGCCGGUUUUGUUGACUUCAUACCCCCCGUGCCUGCUGCAAGGGCUUUCAAAGUCAAUGUUGCCAGGAUUUCGAACAGCUCUGGUCUCUUCAAGCUCAGCUGGGCGUCGGGUGGUGCCUUCUCUUACAUUCGUGGCUCGGAGUAUUCGAUUUUAGUUGGUGACCUUGGGCCUGAGGUCAACGAAUAUUUCCAUGUGUCGCUUUUCCAAUCCAGAUUUACAUCUUGCAAAUAUGCAAAGAUGAUGACUGAUCCUGUCACUGGCAACUCUCACGGUUAUGGGUUUGUCCGCUUUAGCGACGAGAGCGACCAACAACGCGCCCUCGUCGGAAUACAAGUCGGUACUGGUGCUCCUCCGGCGCUGGAAUAUUGCGGGGCACCGCAGCCCAUGAACCAGUUUAUUGACCCCAACAAUGCUACCGUCUUCAUUAGAGGUUUGGUGAGCUAUGCCACCGAGGAUACACUUCGAUCUCUCUUCCAGGGCGUUGGGAAGAUUACAUAUGUCAAGAUACCUCCUGGAAAGGGAUGUAAUUACGUCCAGUUUGUGCUACGACAUGCAGCAAAAAUGACAAUAAACCAGAUGCAGGGCCAACCCAUUGGUAAUUCUCUUGUUCGACUGUCUUGGGGCCAUUCUCAGAGCAAUUAG